GCUUUCGCAUCGAGUAUCGCAUUCGUCGGUAACUUUUGCGUUCUAAUUACAGAUGGAAGACUACAAAUUCUUGUUCAAAGUUGUGCUCAUCGGGAAUGCAGGCGUUGGGAAGACCUGCUUAGUGCGCAGAUUCACACAGGGUAUGUUCCCACCUGGUCAAGGAGCCACAAUCGGAGUGGAUUUCCUAAUAAAAACUGUCGAGGUCGACGGAGACAAAGUCAAGCUUCAAAUAUGGGACACAGCCGGCCAGGAACGGUUCCGCUCGAUAACGCAGAGCUACUAUAGGUCGGCGCACGCCUUGGUUCUUGUCUAUGACAUCUCAUCACAGCCAACAUUCGACUGUCUCCCCGACUGGUUACGGGAAAUUGAGCAGUAUGCAAGUCCCAAAGUGUUGCGCGCCGUCGUCGGGAACAAGAUCGACCGCGACGACCGAGAAAUUCCCACGCACAUCGGCGAGGAGUUCGCUAGAAGGAACGAUAUGUACUUUAUCGAGACUUCGGCCAAGGAAGCCGACAAUGUGGAGAAGCUCUUCACUGAAAUUGCACACAGACUCACACAAGAGGCGCGAGCGUCGAGAUAUUCGACAUCAGGACCAGCAGCUCCAGAUCUGAGCCAAUCUCCAAGUAAAAGCGACAACCCGUGCUGCAAAAUGCUGCAGUGAGUGGAGAUGGAUCACCCGUUAGUGUAUUGAUACGCGAGGCGUCCCGACUCCGGUUUUCAUGGGGGGAUCGCUCGAUGCCACCUCUUCCUCCGCGGGAAGAAAAACUGACAAGAGAGAGUGAGCUCCUGCGGCUGCCGCUAAACUGGAGCUGCCGGUGCCUUCGAGUGCGUGUGAAAGGAUUGCAAUCAGCGUGAGAAGCUCGUCCAUAUUGGAGCCCCUGAUCUGCAUCGAUUCCACAGAGAUAAUCCAUUCCUAGCUCCCAAACGAAACGUACGCUAUUUCGCGUCACUGCCAGUGAGAAGUCCGUGACCGGGGAGCGUCAUGCCCGACUGGACGAAGAAAUUCACUGAUCGCUUUACGUUUUUCUCGGAACACUGUGAGAACUAAAAUAAAAAAUCGAUUAUACGACUAGAAUACCGGAUUUCCGAAAGCCCUAUCAACACCUUAGCUUCUGUGAUACUUCACCACAAGCGAUCCAAUCGACACACUUUCCUAAUCAUCAUAUUCAGCAUGAGCAUGAUAUUCUCCACCGCGUCCCACCCGCUCUUCCGCCGUGUGACUCCCCGGAAUCUGAAGCAUACGAGAUCUCUCGACAGAGGCUCGAGUUCUUUCGGAGAAGGCUGUCCUCUGGAACUCUGUAGAAGCUGACAGAGUCCUCAGCGGAUAUCUUUCUUCUUAGUCGUUGGGAAUUCGCCUCAUGGUCUGAGAAAGUAAACCGAAAACAACCUUAUUAGUCAUCUGAUCGAUGAUCUUAGGAACGGGACACCGGAGGAUUGUUUUUGUAUACAUCGAUUGUAAUAGAAGUGAACGAAGACCCUAGGAUACUGAUUGAAGCUGAGGAGUUAUGAUUUGCGACCAGAGUUCAGCAGUCGCUCUGAUUGCAAUGUAUCUCACUGAAUUCCGACUGUCUCACAAGAAGGAGAGUCGGCAAACGAUUAGAUGAGCUAAGGUAAAUACUGUUGGGUAAUGAGAAACGCCGACGCGAGCAGUGGUUCGACGGAAGGAUCUUUAGCGCCCUAGAAUUCAACGAAAAUGAAAAUUCUUGUGCAGACAA